CUGGACCGCUGGAGACUCAUCCCUGCCUUCUAUGGCAAAACCCAGCCUUCUCAUUAAAUGAGUCACCAGAACAAUACAUGCAGCAAGCACAGAGCAGAGUCUGCAUGUAUCUUCAGCAAGAAAUAUCGCAGCAGUCACUGCACAAACUGGAGUCACUGCUCAACUACAGAAUUGGAUUGCUGAGACUUCGUAGAAAAUCUUACAGCAGCUAUUGUAAGUGAAGUACCAAAUCCACACCGGACACAAUACUGAGCAGAGGAUCAAUUUUUGUAGACGACUGCAAAGAGAGAAAGCAGAAUCGGGUCAAGAUGUUGACUGACGAGGUUGCACAGGUGCAAGAGGUGAGAUACUGUCUGAAGACUUUGAGAGAGCAAAUGGCAGCCAGGCAAAACAAUAACAAGGUUCCAUCCAAUGGCUUUAAAGUUGACGUCCUUGUCAGCAAAGCCGAUGGCUCCAAUGGAUUUAUGAACGGCUCUCACUCUAAACAUCCGGGCCAGGAGGAUGAUGAAAACACUUUUGCCUUGAGAGAAGUCACUAAACAUCUGUACUCUCGUCUGCAAGAGAUGGAGAGGAGACACCAGGAGGAUAAAGAGAGACUACAGGCAGAAAACAUUGAAUAUCGGCGGCGGUUUCUAGAGGAGCAUAACUCUCACGUACAGAAGGCAGAAACCAAGGUGGAGGAACAGGGCAAAAAAGUGGAAGAGGUGCAGAAGCUUAUGCAUGGUUUGGAGCUGGAAAAUGCCACAUUACAAGAAAAAUUGGCUGCUAGCGAGGCUGAACUUGAGAAACUGCGAGGACUGAAGAAAACGGAUAGUGAGGACAGGUCUGAACAACUGAAAAAGGAGCUGGCAACUCUGAAGGAUAAGAACCAUAACUUAGAUGACAUGCUCAAAAGUCAACAAAGGAAAGUCAGGAACAUGAUCGAACAGGUGCAAAAUUCAAGAACAAUAAUGGAGCAAAGAGACCGGCUGAUUGGCGACCUCAAAGAGAGGGUGGCUUUCCUCGAAGCUGAGAAUAGAGAGUUUCAUGACCGGAUGGAGUUUUAUUUGGGCAACCAAGUGUCUAAUCCAUAUAACUCAGACACAGGGUCCAAAGUUGUCUACAGCAAACCUCUGAUGCCAACAAGCCCUGGAAACAAGUCUAUGCCAUUCAUUAAAGUGGUCGAGAUCAAGUCCUGAACAACAGAUGAAGGCAACUGGAAGUGAUGGAAGAGAGAGGGUAAUUGAGUGACAUACAGGUUGUAGAAGAAGUAACAAGCAUUCCUUCUCUCCCAACAUUUAUGCAACAUCUCUCUGUUUAGCACACGAGUAGCACUUGAUGUUCCUUUUUUUUUUUAA